GUAAUCCAAUCAAACGAUGAGAUGUUAUCAAAGGGCGACAGGAUAUAAGGGCAGGUAGUUUAAAAAAAUAAACGAUUUUGCCUUCUCUUUACUAGAUUUUUACCACUAGUUAGUUCAAACCUAGCAUAGGAUAAUGGGCUAUACCAAGGAUCUGAAUUUAACGUUCUCUGGGUGUGGAUUUCUUGGUAUUUAUCAUCUUGGAGUAGUGUCUUGUCUAAAGGACAACGCGCCUGCUUUUCUGGACCGAAUCAAAUGUCUUGGAGGUACAAGUGCCGGUGCUUUUGCUGCUACUGCUCUUCUCAUGGACUUGAAUGUGUCAGACAGCGCAGAAUUUGUUCUUCGAUUAGCCAAGAGAGCCAAAUCUUUAGCUUUCGGGCCGCUACAUCCGAACUUUCGUAUUGUAGACACAGUGCGAAAAUCAUUUGAGAAAAUCCUUCCAGAAAACGCACAUGAAAUAGCAAGUGGUCGCCUUCAUAUUUCCCUCACAAGAGUAUCAGACUUUAAGAAUGUGAUAGUGUCAGAAUUCCUGUCUAAAGAAGACCUUAUAGAGGCUCUCCUGGCUUCCUCGCAUGUACCUUUCUAUUCAAGUAUCAUGCCAGCAAGGUUUAGAGGAGUUUAUUAUGUUGAUGGAGGAAUCACAGACAACUUACUGCAACAUUUUACAGAAGGAGAGACGAUUACAGUAUCACCAUUCAGUGGUGAGAGUGAUAUCUGCCCCAAGGAUGGUUCUGCUAACUUUGCUCAUUUUGAAAUGAAGAACACUAGUGUACAAUUCACAUUACAGAAUCUUUAUAGAUGUUCACGAGCAUUCUUUCCACCUGAAGUACAAGUUCUCUGUGACAUGUGCAAACAAGGGUAUCGUGACACAAUGAGGUUCCUUCAGACUCAAUAUCCAGAAACCUUAACGAAAGAAGCAUUGAGAAAAAAACCAUCAGUGUUCAUGUCACCAGGAAUGACAUUUGGUAAACAAGACAGUGCGAUUAUGAUUAGACCAAGUCUCACAAGGAGCUGUAGUACAAGCUCAACACUGUCAGCAUACAGUACCUGCAGUAAUGGAGAAGCAGAGAUGUUUGAGACAUCAGAAUGUGAACAGGAUGACAAUACAGUUGAAGGAGAGUCUAGACUUAGUGUUUUGCUUGAUAGAACACAAGAGGCCAUCAUUGAAGCAGAGCUAUGGUCAUGUUACUUUAUCCGUAAAGUGAUAUGGGUAUUGAAACUGGCAGCUAAGCCCUGUGUGCUGUCUGUCAAACAGAUCACUUAUAUGGUGCAUGUUAUCCUGGAGUCAUUACCAGCAAUAGAGAAGACAGGAAUAGAGUUUAUGGAUCAUCUGUUAUCAAUGAUAUACGUCAUGAUACAUACAUAUAAAGAUAAACAUAUUGUACAUGACAGGAGACUUACAAAAGAAGCAACACCAGGACAAGAAGGACCACAGGAACCCCACAUGAUACCAUCUCCAUCAAGCAUCCAGCAAGCAUCCCUUAUUCUAAUCCAGAGACUAAGGGAAGAUACAUCAAUCCACACAACAUCAACUCUCCACCCUAUGUUAGAAUCUGCUGAAAACGUACAGGCAGUAGAAUCAAGUGGUAACUCGUCACCUUCUAACAGUGACAUAGAAAUAAUACUUGAUGAAAGCUUCAGUAGUCAUAAAUCAGAAUAUGACUUAUGUGAUCAACCUUUGAGUAUGUCUUUCCAUUCAUUCCAUAACCCAUCUGGUGAGCAGAUAGAUCUAGACCUGGGUCAGUGGGAAUCAGAAGGUGGGGCGUGUGCUGGCAGCCCUCCAUGUCAAUCACCAAGUACAUCUGAUGAUUAUAUUGUACUUGAUGGCUAUGAAACAGAUAUUGAAUCCAUGAGUAGUGGUGAUCUGGGAGAUGAUUUCCUUACCUCCUUUGAGAGUAAUAUUUAAAACAAAAUGUACAAAUAUAAUGAAAUGUCUAUUUUAUGGUAAUAAUUCACAAUAAUUAACACAACAAUUACUGUGUUACCUUAUGUGAUAACAUGACUUUACGUGUCAAGACUGUUCAUAUCCAUUAUUAUCAAUUAUUACACUUUAACUAUCAAUUUACACUAUUUGAAUUGCAAUUUCACCCCAUGGAAGGGUUUUCAAAUUAGCCUAGAGGAGUUUAUAUGCUGAUAAAUAUUUUGCUAACAAAAUUAUUAUAAUUAUGAACAAAUUUCGAUAUUUUAAUGGUAUAUUUUAAUUCAUAAUUUGCGCACCGUUAGUUGUAAUUACGACUAUUUCGCACCAAAUACCACUCAUUUUUAGUGUUGGAUAUAUUGUAUAAAGUUCUUAUUGUUUCACAAGGUUAAACUGGUGUUUUGCCGAUAUUGAAGUUAUUGUUUGCAUCUGGACCCAGCCAUGUGCUCUUUUCAAUGAUUGCCUUUCGCAUUUUGUACUUUCAUUAUAAAUAAACAAAUUGUACAUAAAUAAUUAUUAUAUAUAUAUUGUAAAUAAUAUCAAACAAAGUCUACCAUUGUACAUUUACCAUAUAUAUGUAUAGAAUAUUAGAUAUUAAUAGAUUAUUACAGGUAUUAUGAAAUGAUUAGUUCAGAAUAAAUGAUAACAAAACCAUG